AUGGCUGACUUCAAAUUGCACCGGGCGCCUCCUUUCCGGGCGGAGCAAAUGGGGUCGCUCCUUCGCCCCCAGAAGCUCCUUGAUGUGCGGGCAGCCAUCCGGGACAAACACCUUUCACCAGAAGAGGCGGGCCUCCCUGCCAUUGAAAAGGAGUCCAUUGGCCAGAUUGUGAAGACCCAGCUCUCGUUGGGCUUCAAGGCCGUCACCUCGGGCGAAUACAACCGCACGCGCUUUUGGGGAUUGUUCUGGGAUGAAUUGGAAGGCACCAAGCGCCUCCAGGAUGCUGAAGCGAGCAUGUUUCGCCUGUAUCACCCCGACGUGGUGUCUUUGAUUGAGAAGGAUCGAAAAGUCAUGCCUGGGGACAGUGUGAUUGCCGGUGCCAAAAUCAGACAUAACGGCACAGAGUCAAAUCUACAUGAGCUACGCCAAGUCCAGGCUUUUGUUCCAAAGGAAGAGUGGGGCAAUAUCAAGCUCACCAUGAUUACACCAUCUUGGUUCCACAUGAGGUACAAGCAAGGACGGGCAUAUACGCCUGAAGCGUAUCAGAACGAUGCCGAGUACUUCAAGGACGUCGCGCAGGCCUACUCAAGAGAGCUCGAGGUUCUCUAUGAAGCUGGUCUGAGGAAUGUCCAAUUCGACGACCCGAAUUUGGCUUAUUUUUGCUCGAAGCAAUUCCGAGAUGGCUGGGCACAGGAUUCCGACAACAUUGGCUCUGUCGAUGAUCUUCUCGACGCCUACAUCAAGCUCUACAACGACUCGAUAUCCAAGUGCCCAUCCGACAUGCACACGGGUGUUCAUUUGUGCCGCGGAAAUUUCAUCGGUGGGCGUCAUUUCGCAGAAGGCGCGUACGACAUCAUUGCCAGCAAACUGUUCCAAAAUCUCAAUGUGAAUACCUUCUACUUGGAGUAUGACACCGAACGUGCGGGUGGAUUUGAACCACUGCGGCACUUGCCGAAGAACAAGAACGUGAUCAUCGGCUGCAUUAGUACGAAGCUGAGGCAGUUGGAAGAUAAGGAAGAAAUGAAACGGAGGAUUUAUAAGGCGGCCGAAUUUGUGGCCGAGGGAUCGAACCAGUCGAGGGAAGAAGCACUCAAGCGAAUCGGAAUUUCUCCUCAGUGCGGGUUCAGCACCCACGAGAGUGGAUAUCCCCUGAGCCAAGAGGACCAGGAGAAGAAGCUGAAGUUGAUCAGGCAGAUCGCAGAUGAGAUCUGGGGAGAGCCGUAA